GGCUUCCUUCUCCUUCUCCAUCUUGUUGCGAGAGGAAGAAAAAAGGGACGGCAGGAUUCUGGAGUGGCGGGAGAGGGUUUCUCUUCGUCUCCCCCUUCUCCCCGGACGUCUCCGCCGACGGCAAUAGAGGUAAAACCCGCGAGAGCCGCAGGGGAACGGCUCAGAGGAACCACCCAGCCUUGGGAGAGUGCUGUCGAGCUCUCUAUCGUGGUGUCGGCCUGAACGUUCUUCUCGAUUGAAUCUGUAGCGGGUGGGCCGCCGGCCGCCUCUCUAGGUCGUUCACGGGAACUGUGUCUGUCUUAGAAACCCUUUCCCGCCUUCACGGGCCACCAUGAAGGUCAAGGUUAUUUCUCGAUCAGAAGAUGAAUUCACCCGCGAAAGGAGUCGAGACCUCCAGAGAGUAUUUCGAAAUUAUGAUCCCAGCCUUCAUCCUCAAGAAAAGGCAGUUGAGUAUGUCCGGGCUCUCAAUGCAGCUAAGCUGAAUAAGAUAUUUGCAAAACCUUUUAUUGGAGCCAUGGAUGGGCAUAUUGAUGCUAUUUCAUGCAUGGCGAAAAAUUCAACUCAUUUGAAAGGGAUAUUUUCAGGAUCGAUGGACGGAGCUAUUCGACUAUGGGAUAUAGCCUCCAGGCAGACAGUUUGUCAGUUUCCCGGGCAUAAUGGUGCUGUGCGGGGUUUGACAGUAUCUACUGAUGGAAAAGUUCUUGUAUCAUGUGGGAAUGAUUGCACUAUUAGGCUUUGGAGUGUUCCUGUUGCAAGUUCUAUUGGAUCAUAUACUAAACCAGAAAAGCCGAUGGAGCCUAUAUCAGUAUAUGUCUGGAAGAAUGCCUUCAGGGGGGUUGAUCACCAGUGGGAUGGCACUAUCUUUGCUACAGUUGGUGCUCAAGUUGAUAUAUGGGAUCAAAACAGGUCGGAGCCCAUAAGCAGCUUUGCAUGGGGGAGUGACACUGUGGUCUCUGUUCGAUUCAAUCCUGCACAUCAGAGCAUAUUGGGAACAUCAGCUAGUGACCGUAGUAUAACAUUGUAUGACCUGCGUACUUCAACACCUCUGAAGAAAAUUAUAAUGCAGACAAGAACCAAUGCACUUUCUUGGAAUCCAAGGGAACCAAUGAAUUUUACAGCAGCCAAUGAAGAUUGCAACUGUUAUAGCUAUGACAUGAGAAAAUUGGAAGAAGCAAAAUGUGUGCACCAAGAUCACGUUUCUGCAGUGAUGGAUAUUGAUUAUUCACCAACAGGUAGAGAAUUCGUGACUGGCUCAUAUGAUAGAACAGUAAGGAUAUUCCAAUACAAUGCUGGACACAGUAGGGAAAUUUAUCACACAAAGAGAAUGCAAAGAGUAUUCUGUGUAAAGUUCACUUGUGAUGCUUCUUAUGUUCUUUCUGGGAGCGACGACACAAAUGUUCGCCUAUGGAAGGCAAAUGCAUCUGAGCAACUAGGAGUGCUGCUUCCAAGAGAACGGAAGAAGCAGGAGUACCAGGAUGCUGUAGUGGAUCGUUAUAAGUACCUUCCAGAGAUUAAGCGAAUUGUUAGGCAUAGGCAUUUGCCGAAGCCAGUCUACAAGGCUAGUGCACUUAGGCGGACAAUCACUGAUGCUGAAAAGAGAAGAGAAGAUAGGAGGAAAGCUCACAGUGCACCUGGUUCUGUUGUCACUGUUCCACUUCGUAAAAGAAAAAUUGUGGCAUCAGUUGAAUGAGAACGAUCAGGACAUUGCGAUGGAAAGUUUACGUUCGUGGCAAAAAUAUGACUUCUUGGAGUACGAUAGGUAUUGUUGCAGUGUUCACCAGGACUCCAAAGCUGAGGUGCGCAUGAAGUGGUAAAUAUAUUCAGAGGAAAUGUCUUCCGUAUGUUCCAUGAACGAGGGUUAAGAUGACGCCUUGACGAUUGUCAUCCAUCUGCAAACUCGCCAGUUUUCUAAUGGUUGCGUUUGAUCUAUUCCUGCUGUCAGCAAGCGGGUUAAAGUCGGGGUUUGGAAAUAUAAUACAUUUGAUGCUCCAAGUUCAUGUUGCUUCCUGUUGCAGUUUUGGAUUUUUUUUCUUUAUACGGAUUUUUAUUUUCAAUUGGGUGUCAUGCAUUAUCAUUUUUGUAAGCAAACGGUUGGAUUUUAGUAGAUUUAUAAAAUUGAAUUUUGGUUCUCAUAA